GAUGACAUUUGAAAAGCGGUACGCUGUGGUAGGCUUCAAUGAUCAUAGUGUGGGUAUCAUCUCAGCAACCUGGAUUGAAAAAUCUGAUGAUGAAACCAUAUUGUGCUGGUGGCCUCGGAGCAGGCAUACAGUUAGUGCCCAAAAGCAUGAAAAGCCAGACACGACAAACUGGCGAGUGCAUGUCGUAUCAACAAUCCUAUCAACAACCGAUGAUUUUGACGUUGCAAAAACAAAGAUGCUUAGCUGCGGAAGACACUUCAAAUAAGAAACUGAAGGCGAUAUGGGCUAUCCUCAACAACGAAAAAGGAAACCAUGCUUCAAAUAUGAAGCAGAGAAUUCCGAGAAUAACAAACAUAAGCAUUGAUAAGCUACAACAGUAAUUUAAAAAAAUUUGCAACUUGAAA